AUGGGACCAAAUCAUAGCGCUACCGGAAGACCAGAAUACCACCGAAUUCUCUACCCCGGAGCACGUAGUGACACUCAUGGGAGCGGGGACGUCUCGCAUAUUCGAUGCUUUAACUUAUCCGACACCCUCUCCCUCUGUCCAUUCGCCCCAAAGUCACUCACGCCUCUGAGUCCUGACAUUCCGAGACGGAGAAAAUCCCGAUGCUUAGAGUUGUGCAGAUUUGGGAAAGAUGGCACAGAGCUCCUCGAACAGAGUAAAAUUACGCAAAUCCUCCAAGCGGAAGCUGGAAUUCUCGCACAGGACCCUCUCAGACCGCUGCAGCCCUUUCUAGGACUCGGCAAAGCAGAUACAUGUUCCUCAUUAAGCGCGCUCGGACUUCCUGUUGUGUGGAUGGGCCUAAAAGGGGCUGUUAAUUACUAUAGACUACUUGAAGCCGUGAAGGGAAAAAAAAUUGUUCUUCGCCCCUUCGCGAAGCACAUAGCGCAAACAUUAUUUUAUCUCAACUACAAGUGGUUGGAGAAACACAUGAAUCAGGGUAGAGCCUCUGUUGCUACGUUAAUGCUUAAUAGCUGCUCUGAGGAACCAUCAAAGUCUCGUCGUGACAAUAUCACCGGCUAUCAUGUGCGGCGAGGAAAAAUUUGUUGGACGCUUGCAGCGUGCUUGGGCGCCGGUAUCUUGUUGCAUGGUGGUGAUGCCAUACGCACUAUUGUCGGCCAGCUCAAUGUUUUUAUAUCCUUUGUCUUGCGCACCCGGCCGGGUAGCGUUCGUCUUUUUCAUUCACUGGAACCUGUGGUAAAGGCAAUCAUACUGGGAGUGCCUGCAGUUGAUCUCCGCCCGGUUGUUCUGGCUGAUAAUAAUGUCCUUGUCAGACAAGAGGAACUAACGUAUGCCUAUGCAGCGGACCAGGAAGCCUUGACAGACCAGACAACGGAAGAGACAUGGCUGGCAAUAAAUGCCGAGUCUAUUGCAAAGGAGAAAAUGUCUGAGUUUCUUCCCAAUUUCUGACCGUACCAUCCUGAUUUCGCUGCUUCUGUCUUUACUUAGCGUAGUGUUCCUCCUUUUCUGCAUAAUGUUUUAAAUUAACCGGUUUGAAAUUAUACGAAAUACUACUUGCUUUCGCCCAGAUAAGAUAACUAAAAAUAUUCAGGACAUGUCCUUGUCUUCUAUCUCGUUUAAUUUUGGAUCCAUGGUUUCGUGAUAAAAGUGCGUGUAGUGAUAAGGCAGAGACGGGCAAGCCCGACUAGCGUGCCUGCAGACCAGCGGUGCUUCGUGAGUAGGGAAUGCUGUUUAUUCGUAAGAUACCGAUUAUCAAUGUAGAUAAGACGUCCAGCUGACCUUUCUUAAGUCUUGGAUGGUUGCGACCGAUGCCGUUGCUGACAGGAA